AUGGGUGCCAAAGUCAAAGUCGCUGUCGUCAAUGCUGAACCAGUUUGGUACGAUUUGCAAGCAACCGUUAAGAAAGUUAACGCCUUGAUUAAAGAAGCGUACGAGAAAGGGGCUGAAUUAGUUGCCUUCUCUGAGGUUUUUGUCCCUGGAUACGCUCAUUGGAUUUGGACCAAUGCCGCAGACCUUGAGAAUAAUAUCAAAUACCAUAAAAACUCCUUAUCCUACGACUCUUCUGAAUUUUUAUCCAUUAUUGAAACCAUUAAAGCUUACCCAAUCCAUGUUGUUUUGGGGCUCUCUGAAAGAGAUCAUGGCUCUCUUUACAUUUCCCAGUGUAUUAUUGACAACACCGGAGAAGUUGUAUUGAAGAGAAGAAAGUUCAAGCCAACCCAUGUCGAACGUGCUAUCUGGGGAGACGCAACUGCUCAAGAUUUGAAGACUGUUGUCACCUUAAACUUUAAGGAAGCUGGUCCUGUUGAAGUUGGAUGCUUGUCUUGUUGGGAACAUACUCAACCAUUAUUGACUUAUAAUAGCGCUGCUCAACGUGAAAAAAUCCAUAUUGGAAGCUGGCCAAUUGUUAACGACGAGUACAAUGGUCUUUACUGCUUCACUAAAGAAGGAUUCUACAGUUUAGCAAGAGCUUAUGCUACCCAGACCCAAAGUUUCUACUUGUUUUCCUCAAAUACUGGUUCUACUUUUAACGAAGUUUUGCCAAAUGUGGUCACUUCCCCACACUUCGAAAAAGGUGCUUCUACUGCCGCUGUUUUUGCCCCAGAUGGAACACAAAUCACAGAGGAUGUUCCAGAUGACUUUGAUGGUGUUAUAAUCACUGAGCUCGAUAUGGAUGCUAUUAUUGCGCAAAAAAAUCUUGUUGACAUUGUCGGUCACUACUCUAGACCUGAUUUGGUUUCUUUAUCCCACAAUAACCCUAACGAUCAGCACGUUAAUAAAAAAUAA